AUGGCAAUCUCAAUUGGAACGCUAACAUUACCUGGUCAAUGUAGCAAAGUGAAAAACCUGUAUUUUCAAAACAACAAACCAAGCGGGAACACUCAUGUAGCUUGCUUGACAAUGGCUAUUAAAGCCAACAUUUUUGGUAAUCUCGAAUGGUUGCAACUAUCAAACACCCUCCCUGACAAUGUUGAGGAGAAUGGAAGACUACUCACUGAACUCUUACCAUCAAUUGCCUUUCACUGUCCUCAUCUGAAUGACAUUGAUCUCUCUGAGAACAAUAUCGGUGUACCUGGAGCUGGUGCAAUAGGAGAGAUCUUUGUAAGACUUGCUACUAAUAGGAAGGAUUUGGAGCUGAACUUAAGUGAGACUAAUCUCAAUAGCGAAGCAGCAAAAGAAUUUUCUGAUAAAGUAUUGGCUUCUUUAGAGGAUGUUUCAAACCCACUCUCCUGUGAACUUGAUUUACGUGUUGAUAACAAUCCACUUGGACACAGCGGUUUGUUAGCCAUCUUUAGAAUGCUCUCUAACCAAAACUGUCCAGUAACAAGACUUGACCUAGACCACACACAUACAGUCAACCAGGGCCUAUUAUCGGCAACUCAUUUUGAAACUCUAACAUUUCCUGGUCAAUGUAGCAAAUUGAAAAGGUUGUCAUUUCAAAACAACAAACCAAGCGGGGACACUCAUGUAGCUUGCUUGACAAUGGCUAUUAAAGCCAACAUUUUUGGUAAUCUUGAGAGGAUGCAACUAUCAAAUACCCUCCCUGACAAUGUUGAGGAGAAUGGAAGACUACUCACUGAACUCUUACCAUCAAUUGCCUCUCACUGUCCUCAUCUGAAUGACAUUGAUCUCUCUGAGAACAAUAUCGGUGUACCUGGAGCUGGUGCAAUAGGAGAGAUCUUUGUAAGACUUGCUACUAAUAGGAAGGAUUUGGAGCUGAAAUUAUUAAUAAGUGAGACUAAUCUCAAUAGCGAAGCAGCAAAAGAAUUUUCUGAUAAAGUAUUGGCUUCUUUAGAGGAUGUUUCAAACCCACUCUCCUGUGAAAUCAAUUUGCGUGUUGAUAACAACCCACUUGGACACAGCGGCUUGUUAGCCAUCUUUAGAAUGCUCUCUAACGAAAACUGUCCAGUAACAAGACUUGAUCUAGACGACACACAUGCAGUCAAACAGGGCCAAAUAACGGCAAUCUCAAUUGGAACGCUAACAUUACCUGGUCAAUGUAGCAAAGUGAAAAACCUGUAUUUUCAAAACAACAAACCAAGCGGGAACACUCAUGUAGCUUGCUUGACAAUGGCUAUUAAAGCCAACAUUUUUGGUAAUCUCGAAUGGUUGCAACUAUCAAACACCCUCCCUGGCAAUGUUGAGGAGAAUGGAAGACUACUCACUGAACUCUUACCAUCAAUUGCCUCUCACUGUCCUCAUCUGAAUGACAUUGAUCUCUCUGAGAACAAUAUCGGUGUACCUGGAGCUGGUGCAAUAGGAGAGAUCUUUGUAAGACUUGCUACUAAUAGGAAGGAGUUGGAGCUGAACUUAAGUGAGACUAAUCUCGACAGUGAAGCAGCGAAAGUAUUUUCUGACAAAGUGUUAGCUUCUUUAGAGGAUGUUUCAAACCCACUUUCCUGUGAAAUUGAUUUGCAUGUUGAUAACAACCCACUUGGACACAGCGGCUUGUUAGCCAUCUUUAGAAUGCUCUCUAACGAAAACUGUCCAGUAACAAGACUUGAUCUAGACCACACACAUGCAGUCAAUCAAGGUCAAAUAAAGGCAACUUAUUUUGGUCAAUUUAACAAAUUGAAAAAGCUGUCAUUUCAAAACAACAAACCAAGCGGGGACACUCAUGUUGCUUGCUUGACAAUCGCUAUUAAAGCCAACAUUUUUGGUAAUCUUGAGAGGAUGCAACUAUCAAAUACCCUCCCUGACAAUGUUGAGGAGAAUGGAAGACUACUAACUGAACUCUUACCAUCAAUUGCCUCUCACUGUCCUCAUCUGGAGGACCUUGAUCUUUCUGAGAACAAUAUCGGUGUACCUGGAGCUGGUGCAAUAGGAAAGGCGUUUGUAAGACUUGCUACUAAUAGGAAGGAGUUGGAGUUGAACUUAAGUGAGACUAAUCUCGACAGUGAAGCAGCGAAAGAACUUUCUGAUAAAGUAUUGGCUUCUUUUGAGGAUGUUUCAAACCCACUCUCCUGUAAAAUUAAGUUGUGUGUUGAUAACAAUCCACUUGGACACAGUGGUUUGUCAGCCAUCUUUAGAAUGCUCUCUAGCGAAAACUGUCCAAUAACAAGACUUCACCUGGAAUCAACCCUUCACACUUCCAUUACUGACCUCUGUUUGAACAAUCCUGUUUUAAAUUCAGAAUCUCUUAACAGCAAUACAAUAAGUAUCGGUCUUUGGCGAAAUUUGCUUCAUGGCAAGAACAUUUUCAUACUAGCUGAAUGUAUUCAGUGCUGUCCAUCACUGGAGAAGCUGGAUUGUGAUCAGUGUCAGGUUACUUCAAAUGAUGUAUUUACAUUAUUUUCAUACCUUAAAUCUCACGAUAUUCAACGAAAGUGUUUAAAAUGUUUGGACCUUCAAAACAACAGCAUUGGUGAUGACGCAGUGACUGCCCUUAUUACUUAUUUGCCUUCUGUGUUUCCAUGUAUUGAAGAUAUUGAUCUAGAUGACAAUCUCGUGAGUACGGAGGGAUUGAAAAGACUUGAAGAGUUUUUGCAGGAGAGAAACACGUCUGAAGAUGAAGAAUUUGAUUACACUAGUUCUGAAUCAAUACCAGAUGAUGCAAGUGACUCUCUACCAGAAUACAGUAAUACUGAUUCAGAAGAUUCUACCAGUGAUGAUACGGACUUCAAAUCUACUGCUGAAGAUCUGAAUGAACUACAAGAGGAUAUGUCACCUACAGCUAGUCAGGAUUCCACAGCUACUGAAACUUCUGACAAACUAAUCAGCCAAAAACAACAGCUACAAAGUUUGCCUAUUGAGAGAGACAUUGAAGUCACUAACGAGCAGCUUGACACAACAGUAGAAGAAACACACCUCUCUGAAAUGUUGUCACAAUCUGACAGCACCCAUGACGGCUAUCUGGAGUCAGGCCUCUCAUCUGGACAGCAAAGUGACGUCACAAUAAACACCCUAAGAGAAGUACCUACCAGUCUAACCGUUGAAACACUAAAGAGAGAAAGUAAUAUCACUGACGAGCAGCUUGACACAAGAAUAGAAGAAAUAGACCUUCCCAAAUUAUCGUCAUAUUUCGACAACACUAAUGACUAUGUUGAAAUGCUGAGGCUCUCACCUGGACAGCAAACUGAUGUCAUUGAAGAGAAGGCUAGAACAGCCAUGAAUCGAACACAAGCUGGAAUAAAGUUGGCUCUGAAAUAUUGGCUGGACAGAGUUGUUGCAGAGGGCACCUUCAGAGCUCUGCUACUCAUCCUAAUCUCCCUGGACAAAGGAGACGUUGCUAUCAAGGUGGCACAGUACUUGUCAGCCAAAGGUAACGCUGGCUACAGUGUGCUGGUGAGCUGCAGUGAGAAGAUAGUCCAGUCACUCUCUGAGGAUCCAAAGGGUUUGGCCCUCCACCUCCUGUCAGCUGGGCUCAUCACUGUGUCUAUUCUUGAGAAAACCAACGAGUUAAAUGAGACCAAGAGAGAGAAGGCCACCAGAUUGUACACUGCCCUGCUGGGUGUGGUCAAACACCACCCCCACAAGUACCACGAGUUUGUCUCCACUCUCAGACUCAACCCACUACACACUGACUUGGUCACACAAUUAGAUAGCAAGUAUAUGUAGUUUGUCAUGCACGUACGCUUUGUUGACGAAAGUGGUAGACUAUUUUUAUUAGAGCAUGUAGAUAUAAAAUUAUGUAGAUAUGAUAUAUGUAUGUAUGAUUUAUAUAGUUUGUCUUUUUGAUCUGCA